CCAGGGAUUGUGCCCAGCCUGGCCAUGGCUAGCAACAACACUGCUAGCAUAGCUCAAGCUCGCAAGCUGGUGGAGCAGCUGAAGAUGGAGGCCAACAUUGACAGGAUAAAGGUGUCCAAAGCAGCAGCAGACCUGAUGGCAUACUGCGAAGCCCACGCCAAGGAGGACCCUCUAUUGACCCCCGUCCCAGCCUCAGAAAACCCCUUUAGAGAGAAGAAGUUCUUCUGUGUGAUCCUGUAAAGCCUCCAGGAGCCUGACUGGCACUCAGGCCACCCUGAACACUGAUGUAGAGUUUUUAGGAAUGGGGACAACCUGCUAGUCCACAGAAUUUAAACAAAAAUCAGUAAAAUACACGGCCUGGAAGCUACAGAGAUGUGCAUGUUUAAAGAACUUGGCCACCUUUGGGGGAAUAAGAUGAUCUACAUUGCAAGGCAAAAGCUCUGAAGUCUGUAGAGUUGCCUAGAAAGA